GACGUGCACGUGACUGGACCUCUGCAUCACCUUCGCUUAAAAAUUUCCACUACCUGAUUCGGUUAACGGUCAUAAAAAAAAAUUGGCACCACCCAACGAUGAAAAAUGGCCGGCUCUUGGUAAGGCCGCUCUCCUCCCUAAUUGGAAGCAACUCCUCCCCCUUCCCACAAAAACAAAUCCACCAUCCCAUUUCCCUCCAGAACUCUACCUUCCUUGCUUCAAUUCUUCAGCACUACAUUAAUUCCAGUUCCCCCUCCCAUGGCCGAACCAUCCAUGCUCAAAUCCUCAAAGCCGGGCUCCGACACAACACCAAUGUAUCCAUCAAGCUCCUCAUCCUCCACAUGAAAUGCGGUUCAUUGGCCCACGCACGCAAUGUGUUCGAUGGAAUGCCGGCACCAACUCUCUCGGCUUAUAACUUCAUCAUCGCUGGGUACUUCAAAGGAGGUCUUGCCAAGGAAUCACUUAAGCUUGUUAGAAAGCUCGCCUUCUCUGGUGGAAAGCCAGAUGGUUUCACCUUGUCGAUGGUUCUGAAACUCUCAGCGACCUUGGUUUCGCUAAAUCUUGUGAGGCAGGUCCAUACUCAUAUUAUCAAAUUGAUAUGCGAGUCAGAUGAUGUCCUCAUAGCUGCUCUGAUCGACUCAUAUGUGAAGAAUGGGAAGGUUGGUUAUGCGAGGGUUGUUUUUGAUGAAUUGUCGGAAAGGAAUCUUGUGUGUUCCACUGCAUUGAUUGUUGGGUACAUGAACAAAGGUUCUUUUAGAGAAGCAGAAGAUAUUUUUGACAGCUUGAGAGAGAAGGACACUGUGGUGUUCAAUGCUAUGAUUGAGGGUUACAGCAAAACUAUGGAUACUGCUGAAAAUUCGCUUGAAGUUUAUAAGACAAUGCAACAAUUGAGUUUUCAGCCAACGAUUUCCACUUUUGUGAGCAUAAUUGGAGCUUGCUCUCUCUUGUCAGCAUUGGAGUUUGGACGACAGGUGCAUUGCCAAACCAUCAAGAUUGAUCUUUUUUCUCAUGUUAAGUCUGGGAGUGCGCUUAUAGACAUGUACUCUAAAUGUGGUAGAAUUGAGGAUGCAAGGAAUGUCUUUGAUCACAUGCCUGAGAAGAAUGUAUUCUCUUGGACUUCAAUGAUUGAUGGCUAUGGGAAGAAUGGUAUUCCAUGCAAAGCCCUUGAACUUUUCAAUGAGAUGAGGAGAACUCUUAGUGUUAAACCCAAUUAUGCUACAUUCUUGAGUGCUUUGUCAGCUUGUGGGCAUGCAGGGUUAGUAUCAAGUGGCCAAGAGAUUUUCGAGAGCAUGGAGAGGGACUAUUCACUUAUGCCAAGGAUGGAGCACUACGCUUGCAUGGUAGAUCUAUUGGGCCGCAGUGGGAAUCUGCAUGAAGCAUACAGCUUUAUUAAGAGGAUUCCUGAGAGGCCAAGUUCUGAUGUGUGGGCAGCAUUGCUUGGAGCAUCUAGGCUUCAUGGCGAUUUGGACAUGGCAGAUAUUGCAGCAAAAGAGGUGUUUGAGUUGAGCAAAGAUGGCAGACCAGGAGCUUAUGUUGCUCUCUCCAACACAUUUGCAGCUGCUGGGAAAUGGGAGGGUGUGUGCCAAGUAAGGGAGUUGAUGAAAGAGAAGGGGGUCUCUAAAGAUACUGGUCGUAGCUGGGUUGGAACAGACAAAGGUCUGUGUGGCUUCCAUGUUGGUGAACCAAUAUGAUUUUGUCUUGGUGGAAAAAAAGUUUGGCUUCAAAUUGUCUGUCGGGAGAAUCUGUAAGCGAAGUGGAAUGAUUGUCAGUGUGGAUACAAGAGUUGAUUUUGUCAUACCACAUUGGGACAUUAUAUGACUUUUGCCCAUUAGAGAAGUUGACUUUUCAUAUGCUGGGAGUUCUCUCAUCUGGAAAUGCCAAAAUCCAUGGCUAUGAACAAUUCAGUGUGUAAAAAUUCUAUACCGCAAGAGUAAUGAGAAAUGUGAACAAGCAAGCACUGCACACAGUGAACUAUUGUGGCAAUGGAUGACAGGGAAGGGUUCCGGGCCUUCGACCACAUAGUUUGGGGUUAAUAUUCAAAGUCCUCUUUCAUGUAACUUAUGUCUCUGCAAAAAGCUAUAAGAUGUUCUCAAAGGCUCUGAAUGAUCCAUUGCUGAAGUAGCUGCUCUUAUACUUGCCUAUAUCCUGCAUUCCUCCUGAGCUGAGUGGUUGGAAUUAUGAGAUGACAUUAUCUCCAGAACUCAUCAUCUGAUAUCAAGUGAUCACAAGACUCCCUAUGUGAUUUUGCACUUGUGGAAGCGUAUGGUGAAUUGCAAGAUUUGUUCCGGUUAAGCAGGUCUUAAGCAAAUUGCUAUCAGGAUCAAAAUCAUUAUUUGAUCGAGAUUGAAUACAUGGCCAAAUGAGGGUUUGAAUUUGUGCCAGAAGCUUUGACAGAGAGAAACCUAUGCAAAUUGUAGGGAAUGAAUUUGUUGA